AUGACGGUGGACAAUUCGCAGUUCGCGCCCAGCGAUGUCAUCGUCCUCCAGGCGGCGACGGCGGCGGUGGACACGGCCCCGGCGUUGGCGGCGAGCCCCCUCGAGAGCGGCAAGCGAGCAGCGAGACGAAGCUCGGAUCUGGCGAUGUCCAGCGACAACAAGCAGCAGCAGCAGCAGUACGAACCGCAGAAGCAGCCGGCGGCGACUGAGCCACGGCGGCAGGCGCUGCCAAGCGGCAACAACGAAGAGUUCAAGAGCGGCGAAGUAGGAGGAAAACAAAACCCCACCAACGCCGCUGCUGCUUCUACCGCUGCCGUCAAGGACAACAACGACGUCUCGGAGGAGGAGGAGGAGGGUGCCGCCGCGGCGCUUGCCGCGAAGCAAACCCCCACACGGGCAGAGGUUGCGGUGGAGCAGGCGAACAACAACAACCCGGCCGCCCCUGCCGCCGCCGCCUCGGCUCCCAAGUGGGUCCGCGUCGGCGAGAAGGUGUGCUUUUCGACCAUCGUGGCCGCCGUGCUCAUCCCUUCCUCUCACGACCUCACCGUCGCCACCAAGCGCGAGCUCUGGUGGCAGCCCACGGACUACGCUGAAUUCCGCGUGAACUACGCCACGCACAUGCACAACCCGUCCAUCGAGCUCGAGGAGCAAGAGAGGGAGGAAACGAUGGGCCCCGCGCCGGCGGUCCCCACCACCGCCAACGCCGACACGCCGGCCUCUACCGCUACCGUGGAAGGAGUCCUUGUUGUCGCUGCUUCCCCCGCCCCUGCUCCUCUAGCGGCCCGCCCCGUGAACCCUCUCGAGGCGACGGCUGGCGCCAGCGGACGGCGGCACGGUAACGGUGGCGGCGGUGGCAACCAUAAGGUCGGCAUCGGCGCCGGCGGCGGAGCGGCUGCCCCCAGCCAGGAGCGCGUGUCGAAGCCGUACCGCCAGGAGAGGCAGCCGGUGAUGAUGAUGCGCGGACACCCCGGGUAUGGAAACGGUCAUGCCGCCGCCGCCGGCCUUGGACGCCGCGACGCCCGCCACGACCGCUACCUUGCCCCGCGCGGGGUCAACAUGAACAACGCCCACCACCACCACGACGGCGCCGCCGCCCGCCAUGGGCAGCAGCAGCAGUUCUUCGUCAACGGCAACCCCUCCGGCGUGAACUGCCCGCCGCCGCAGCAGCAGCAGCAGCGGAUGAGCCCCCCCGCCUUCCGCGGAGUCAACGCCAACGGCCCCGUGGUGCAGGCGUUCUUGCCGCACCAGGCGCCGGGAGGGGUUCGGGGCGGCGUGGCUAUGGCUCCCGCCACCCCCGCCUUCCCGUCGCGCGGAGGGAUGAUGGCUUCCCCCCCUCACUCCGCCGUAGCAGCAGGCGUUGUUGGCAACGGUAACCCCUCGUCGCAGUUCAGCAUGUGGCGCAGCCAGCUCGUGUUCGCCCCCGCCAUGCAGAUGCAAUGAGGAUAAGUGGACCGGAAAGUGAGUUAUGGUGGUUUGGGGGGCGGUGUCCACGACACGCAACUUUCUCUUGGGUGAUGGAUGAUGUGUUUUGAACGGCGCGUUCUGUGGUGUGGCGUGCUUGUUGCGUGCGUGGCGUUGUCCCCUGCUAGAAAUAUUAGGGUGGACUUGGUCUGCGCGCUCGAUGAUGAUGAUGCCACCCCGACACGCGUGCGUAGUCGGGGUUUUUGUACAUGCGAAGAAGGUGAAUGCAUCCCAGGAGGAGAGGGCUGCGCGUUGUUCAGUCCGGCUAUUAAAAAAAUCAGAAAAUCGUGUGCGGAGGGGUGGAGGGAGAAAGAACGGCACAUGGAUUGUGGUGGUGCGUCCAUUUUUUCUGUCAUGUUGUGUGUGGUUUCCGGCCAGGUUGGCUGUUUCGUAACUGAGCAGGAGGAAAAUACUGCUGUGUUGUUCUGGUAAUGAUUUCGGGCGUGUGUGUUUGCUCGGAGGGGUUUACGGAAUCCAGUUUCGAAACCGUUGAGAACGGUCGACGACCUUUGUUUUCUGCGUCUGUUUUGGACCCCUGUGUUUGAUUUUUUGU